AUAACCACGCAAAGAAGCGGUCACCAGAAGGGGCGGGGUGUUGGUCAGCUUUAUGAGCACAUCACUUCUGGUAUGUAGCCUUUCUCGCUUUACUCGCCAAGACCCAACCUCCGAGCUGAGGAUUUUAGCGUGUCCUGAAGAAUUUGGAGGUAAUCCUCCUUUUUCAUUGUCCCAUUGACUCUCUGUAAAUACAGCAGCAGUUCCAUUGGCAGCAAAACAGGCCCAGAGCAUAACACUACCACCACCAUGCUUGACGCGUUGACCAGGUCCGGCGAUGCCGCCCCCGGUCACUGGUCCCCCCGCCGUGCCCCCGCCAGACGGCGGCUGGGGCUGGGCCGUGGUGCUGGCCUCCUUCAUCUCCAUCGGCUUCUCCUACGCCUUCCCCAAGGCCAUCACGGUCUUCUUCAAAGACAUCCAGGUCAUCUUCGACGCCUCCUACAGCCAGAUCGCCUGGAUCUCCUCCAUCAUGCUGGCCGUCAUGUACGCCGCAGGCCCCAUCAGCAGCAUCCUGGUCAACACGUACGGCUGCAGGCCCAUCGUCAUGAUGGGCGGCUGCUUGUGUGCACUCGGCAUGACUCUGGCCUCCUUCUGCACCAGCGUGGUGCAGCUCUACCUCUGCAUCGGAGUCAUCGGGGGACUGGGCUUGGCAUUCAACCUGCAGCCAGCUCUGACCAUGAUCGGCAAAUACUUCGCCAAGAAGCGUCCUAUCGCCAACGGUCUGGCCAUGGCAGGAAGUCCGGUCUUCCUCAGCACCUUGGCGCCCCUCAACCAGUACCUCUUCAACCACUUCGGCUGGAGAGGAAGCUUCCUCAUCCUGGCCGGCCUCCUGCUCAACUGUUGCGUGGCGGGGGCGCUCAUGAGGCCGCUGGGCCCGCCGCCGUCCAAAGUGAAGAAGGAGGCGUGCGUGACCACGGUCACUAAGGAGGAGCGCAGCGCCUGGAAAGUUCUGAACAAGUACCUGGACCUGACACUCUUCAGGCAUCGCGGCUUCCUCAUCUACCUUUCUGGCAACGUGAUCAUGUUCCUGGGCUUCUUCGCGCCCAUCGUCUUCCUGGCGGCGUUCGCCAAGGACAUGGGCGUGGACGAGUACUCGGCCGCCUUCCUGCUCUCCAUCCUGGCCUUCGUGGACAUGUUCGCCAGGCCCUCCAUGGGUCUGCUGGCCAACUCGCGCUGGGUCAGGCCCAAGAUUCAGUACUUCUUCAGCUUCGCCGUGCUCUACAACGGCGUGUGCCACAUCCUGUGCCCGCUGGCCGAGACCUACACGGGCCUGGUGGUCUACGCCGUGUUCUUCGGCUUUGCCUUCGGCAUGGUGAGCGCCGUCUUGUUUGAGAGUCUCAUGGACCUGGUCGGCCCUCAGAGGUUCUCCAGCGCUGUGGGCCUCACCACCAUCGUGGAAUGUUGCCCGGUCCUCCUGGGGCCGCCUUUAGCAGGCAAACUGGUGGACGUCAGCAAGACUUACAAGAGCAUGUACUUUUGCUGUGGGGCCGUGGUCAUCGUGGCCAGCGUCUGGCUCUUCAUCGGCAACUUCAUCAACUACAGACUGUUGGACCGCGAGCGCAAGCGGGCCCAGCAGUACACACCGGCCGGCACCGAAGACCCGGACCUGGUGGGGAAGGAGGCGCUGGGCGGGGACAAGAAGCAGCCAGACCAGGAGAAAGACCAGGAGAAGGGCCAGCAGGAGCCCAUGCAGAGGGAAACCAACAUGUGAACAGAAGACCACCGGAGAUUCCCUCAAAAAUGGGUCAGCGAUGAUCAAUCUGAAGCCAAGAGGUGCCUGGUGGUGUUCCACCUGGCUCUGCCUGGUGGUGUUCCACCUGGCUCCGUCUGGUGGUGUUCCACCUGGCUCUGUCUGGUGGUGUUCCACCUGGCUCUGUCUGGUGGUGUUCCACCUGGCUCCGUCUGGUGGUGUUCCACCUGGCUUUGUCCAGGGUCCUCUCAACUCUAACUGCCAAACCAACACACAUGCUGCUGAAAUUUAAACCCGUGCACCGAAAUGUUGGCAUACCAGGUGAAAGGAAAAUUAAAUAAAUAUAUAUAUAUA